AUGGAGAGUGGACCAGGACAGGGAGCGGGGUCGGGCUCCAGCCAGGCUGUGGAGGCUGAGCCCCCCACCCAGCGGACGACUUCUCCAAUCGGGAGAGGAAGGAAUGCAGGGCUGGCCUCCUGCAAGCACAACGGUCUGAUCAACACCCGCAGCUUGAUGGUAGAGACUAAGGAAGGGCUGGUGUCGGUGUACUCGGCCCCCCAGUACCAGGGUCACAUGGUGGUCAACCUGUCCCCUCAGCAGGAGCAGAAUGGUCAGGGGGUGGGCGGAGGAGGGGGACCCCCACAGCUGCUCAACCCCAGCACUCUGCCCCAGGGCAUGGACCCCCGCUUCAGGCCCAACCUGAUCCUGUACUCUGAAAACAUGCUGCGGGCCUGGGGGGAUGGAGGAGUCGGGGAUUGCUGUGAGACCACCUUCAUAGAGGACUUGGCAUCCGGCUCCUCUGCUGCCUCCAAGGAUGGGCUGAUGCUUGCCGAUGGAAAGUUCCUGGAACUGUCUGUGGAGGAUGCAAAGAUCCAGACCCUGUCUUAUGACAUUGACGAUGAUGAUGAGUUCCAAGAGCUGGAGAGCGAGUACUCGAGCGACUCGGAGAGUGAGGACAACUUCCUCAUGAUGCCACCGAGAGACCACUUGGGCCUGAGCGUCUUCUCCAUGGUGUGCUGCUUCUGGCCCCUGGGGAUCGCUGCCUUCUACCUGUCCCACGAGACGAACAAGGCCGUGUCUAAGGGGGACUUCCACUUAGCCAGCUCCAGCUCCAGACGUGCCCUCUUCCUGGCUGUGCUGUCAAUCACCAUCGGGACAGGCAUUUAUGUGGGCCUGGCUGUAGCGCUCAUCGCAUACCUCUCCAAGAACCACCACUUGUAG